CGGCCGCUUCAGAUGCACCAGUGAAUAGAUGAGCUCUCGGUCGUAAACAUCUAUGUUUUAAAUAAUUCAAACCUGGAACGCGCGUGUUCCUUUUUUGAAUUUGGAACUAUAGGGCUGCAUUGACACGCGUGACAUUACACUGUUAUACAUCUUGUGAGUAGUGUUGUAACAGUAUUUGGACAGCAACAAUUGGAAAUGUUAUACGGGAAGGUUUUAUUGUGCGUAGUUAUAGUUGCUGCGUGGUGCGAAGCGGAUUCAGCGAGCCUGCCCUUCAUACCUUCGCGGUUGGGCACCUUGCAGGAGUCGAAGUUGGGUGACUUGCAGGAGUUCAGCGGGGGCAUGCGCCCACCGGGCGAGCUGACCCGAGCGAGGGUGCGCGAGGGGGUCCCGCCUCCAUUGUGCGCGGGCCGCUGCGUGUCGCCCCCGGCGGGGCCUGUUUGCGCUUUCGACGCUGCAGGCACUGCCAGAACCUUUGCGACGCUAUGUGAAUUAGAAGCGGCUUCGUGUCGCGAAAGCACGUAUUACGCGAUCACGAGUAUUGGAGAGUGCUGAUUGAGUUGAACCACGAUGGACUUCGAAGAUAAUGCUGUGUUGAUAAAACGUCGCUUAAACAACGGCAAAUGAAACUGUUCCAAAGAUAACCCGAUACUGUACGAAAACAAUCGGAAUUAAUUAGUGUAUGGGAUGUAAAUGUAAUUCGUGCAGUUGAUUCGGCAUCAAAUUUGUACGUAUUAGUUCAUAACCUAUGUACGUUCAAAAAUACCAGUAUAUAUAGCAUAAUAUUUUGCUUUGUUUAGAUGUAAGACUUUGGUUUCGAAGUUCUUGGUAUUCCAAAUUAUUCUUUAGUUAUUUUAAGGCUAGCUGUUUAAUAUCUAGAUUUAAAUAACACCAAAGUCAUGUUCAAAUAACAUUUAAAUAAUUAAGUUAUAUUAAGUUUAUACUUCUAUUUAUUGUACAAAGUACGAAAUAAUAAAUUGUAUGAAAGGACUAAAAUAGUUCUUGCAACUUUGUCAUUAUAAUAGACAGAAUUUAGAUCAUUAAAGUCUUUGAAUGUG